UAAUUUUGACACUUGGAAAAUAAUCUUUUUGUGCUGUGCAACACGCAGGAAAUUUUUGCGAGUCUUAAAUUUUUAUUUUUGGUGUAAAAUAACGAUUCCAUCAUGAAAAUCAUCUACAACGCUUUGUUCAAAAGAACUUCCACCUAUGCUGUAGCCAUUAUGGGUUCAGUAUUCUUCUUUGAACGCGCAUUUGAUGUGAUUUCCGAUCAAAUUUUCGUGUCUGCCAACAAAGGCAAACUAUGGAAUGACAUUAAACACAAAUACGAAUAAAUUUAGUUAAAAUUAUUGUAUUAAGUUUAAAAAAAAAUGUG